AUGACGCAAAAAUCUAAACUUUUCAAGGGGCAAAGUAAGAAGAAAUCGAUUCCUGCUAAUCGUCAUGGCAAAGUUCCUCAGACUCGCAAGGGGAAGAGAUUCAUAAAGCCAUCUAAGGUUACAAAGGAUAUGGAUGCUGAUCGUGAGGUGAGCAAAUUCAUUAACCAUUGCAAUGAGAUUAAAGCAGCGACUGGAGCUACUAAGGAUGGUGGUUAUCUAAGCAUAGUUAAGGCGGCACCAGCGUCUGCGAGUGGGGCAGAUAAAUAG